CAUUUAUUCAGAGGUUCUUCAACUGAAGUCUUUCCUAAUAAAAGUUCAGUUAGUAUCUAUCAUUAUUUUUUUGGCUUUCGUAUGGAUAAGAGAAUAACUCCGCUCCUGUUCAGUGCUCUGGUGAGGAUGUUAGAGCCGUCUUCUAAAGUUUCCCGAGUAACUAAUCAAAGAGCCAAAAUCAGACAUUUCAGGUUCUGUGGGGUUCUGGCAGUGAAAAGAGCCAUCCUGUCUCUUCAACCCGCCGCCCCCAUCAGUACCCCCCCGAGCCGCACCUUCAUCCACCUGGUUGCUCCCGUCAGCACCCGCAGGAUGGAGUACACAGAGAGCCGGAAGGUCAGGUUCACUCCUCAGCAGAUAUUCAGCGUGGUGGCCAGCGUGGACCAGUAUCAGCACUUUGUUCCCUGGUGCAAAAAGUCUCAGGUCAUAAAAGGACACCACUGGGGAUGUUCAGGCAGAACGGAAAUGGGCUUUCCCCGUUUGUGGAGCGCUAUACAUCUCUGCUCACCUCAUCCCAAACCGGUCACGUCAGGGUAA